CGCACACCAGCAGCAUCACCGCCUCGCCUCAUUGAACCCGGGAGAGAGGAGAGCAAUGCGAAGGGAUGUAAGAUGGCAGAGCUACAAAUGCUGUUAGAGGAGGAAAUCCCCGCCGGCAAGCGAGCUCUGGUGGAGAGCUACCAAAACCUUUCCCGCGUGGCAGAAUACUGUGAAAACAACUAUGUGCAGGCUCAAGACAAAAGGAAAGCCCUGGAGGAGACCAAGUCCUACACCACUCAGUCUCUGGCCAGCGUGGCUUACCAAAUCAAUGCCUUGGCCAACAAUGUGCUCCAGCUACUGGACAUCCAGGCCUCGCAACUACGACGCAUGGAGUCCUCCAUCAACCACAUCUCCCAGACGGUGGACAUUCACAAGGAGAAGGUGGCACGUCGUGAGAUUGGCAUCCUGACCACCAAUAAGAACACCUCUCGCACCCACAAGAUCAUCGCCCCGGGCAACAUGGAGCGGCCAGUGCGCUACAUCCGAAAGCCCAUUGAUUACACCCUGCUGGACGACGUGGGGCACGGAGUCAAAUGGCUUAAAGCCAAGCAAAACGGGAACAAUGCUGCGGGACGGGGAAACCCAGGGACAGGAGCAGGGGCAGGGACAGGGACAGGGACGCUGUCUCGGACCAACCCCCCAACACAGAAACCACCGAGCCCUCCAAUGGGGGGCCGCGGUACCUUAGGGCGCAACACCCCCUACAAGACCCUGGAACCUGUGAAGCCUCCAGUGGUGCCCAACGACUACAUGACCAGCCCGGCCCGGCUGGGCAGCCAGCAGAGCCCUGCACGCACAGCCUCGCUAAAUCAGAGGCCCAGGACACACAGUGGCAGCAGUGGUGGAAGUGGCGGCAGGGAAAACAGUGGGAGCAGUGGCGUGGGUGUCCCUUUAGCGGUCCCUACACCGUCCCCUCCCAGUAUUGGCCAAGUGGUGACGUCCUCUGCUUCAGUGCCCCAAGGUCCGGGGCUCGGCCCGAUCCCCAUGUCCCAGUUUGGCACCAUCUCCCGACAGAUCUCGCGCCACAGCUCCUCCACCACCUCCUCGGCCUCCAUGGUGUCGGCCACAGGGACAUACCGCCGUGCUCCCUCUCUAUCUUCUCAGCAGCCCCAAAUCAACGGGGGUCCGGCCUUCCCACAAAACUCAGUGUCUGUGGCCCCUCCGCCGCCUCCGAUGGUCCAGCUGACUCCGCAGAUACCCUUGACCGGCUUUGUGGCCAGAAUGCAAGAGAGCAUUACAGACAGCCCGGCUCCGCCUCCUCCGCCACCGCCAGAAGACAUGGGCGUGUUUGAGGAGCCCUCGCCCCCGCCGCCGCCCCCGCCCGUCGACUACGAAGAGGAGGACGCCGCGGUGGUCCAUUACAGUGACCCCUACGCUGACGGAGAUCCGCACUGGGCCCCGAAGGUCUACUUGGAGAAAGUCGUGGCCAUCUACGACUACAGCAAGGACAAGGAGGACGAGCUGUCCUUCAUGGAAGGAGCCAUCAUUUAUAUCAUCAAGAAAAACGACGACGGCUGGUUCGAAGGCGUCUGCAACGGCGUCACCGGACUCUUCCCAGGAAACUACGUGGAGUCCAUCAUGCACUACGCCGAUUAAAAAGCAAAAAAGGAGCGCUGAGGCACACAAAAGAGCCGUCGGAGCUUUGGAAGAGAGAGGUUUGUUCGUUUACUCUGUGUACAAAAAAAAGGGAGGACUCACAAGCAUUUCCAUCCGGCCGCCACAAGACGGCAGCGGUUUUUAAAACUCCGUACUUGAACACUUUCGAGCAGAAAAAACGAGCGAGGGCGAAUAUUGGAAAAUGUUUGUGGAGUUGAGCGGUAUUGAGUGUUGGGCGUCUCAUCUUGACUUGCACUGUGCAGCAACAGACUGGCCCUUUUUUCCCCAAAGCUGCUCUCGCCACCGGAAAAAAAAUAUCCCUUCUACUUUUGUGGCAACAAGAAAACAUGAAGUGCAUUAUUAUCAGCACGUGACCGAAUGUCAGGACGGAGAGAAGGAAGCAUCCUCACCUGGUGAUUGUAACAUCAUGUUCUUGUUAUAGGCGGGAUGGCGUAGGCUUGGUUCCGGUGUUUUGAAUGGAAACGCAACAGGUGGUCCUCGGGGCUAUGGAAGUCACACUCAGGUGCUGAACUUAUACAUGAAAUUAUAUACGCGAUCAAAAAAAAGACUAAUUCAAUCAAAUGUAGUCAUUGUAGAAAAUAACUAUUUUUGAAUUUCCUUCCAGAAGCUUCACCUCCAACCUUAAAGGUUAUGCACAUUAGCACAAGCCUGAAACGGCGUAAAGGAGCCAUUAUUCACCGCAAACACUCCACUUUCACUUCCUUACCCCUUUUUAUUUUCAAUGUUUGUUGUCUCCUGUGACUUGACUACUACUUCUGAGCACUGUUUGUUCUCCUCACCUGUCCCUGAUUGCCAAUCAAAAGGGCUCAUCUGCCAGUGUCACCUGGUCCUUGGUCUGAUGUCUGUGUUGUGCCUUUUUGUGGUUUUUUUCCUCAACCUGGCUUUGACUUUUGUCACAUUUUUGCUCUCCAUUGAUCUACCACUAUAGCCACGCUGUUACGUCCUCAUUUUUGGUAGUUAAUUAAACAACCUUGCACAUCGCCUGCCUU